ACCGGCAGCGGUGAUGGGUAACGACCUGAACAGCGCCACCGAGCUGCCCUCGUUCAUCACGUCCGGCAGGAACUUCCGCAUCGUCACCAGCGACACCGUCGUCUUACCCUGUGAGGUGACCAACCCAGGAAAUUACGUGUUGGUAUGGAAACGUGGCAUCGCCGUGUUGACGGCGGGAGCAACCAAAGUGUCUCCGGACGAGCGAAUCCGCCUGGUGGACGGCUACAACCUGGAGAUACGCGACGUACAGACGCAGGACGCGGGGGACUACGUGUGUCAGAUCGGCACGCUCGAGCCUCGCGAAAUCACGCACACUGUAGAGAUACUUGUGCCACCCCGCAUCCACCACGUUUCGUCUGGUGGUAACAUGGAGGUGAAGAAGGGCGCAUCCGUGACGUUGGAAUGCCGCGCGUCUGGGAACCCCGUGCCGACGAUAACCUGGACGAGAAAGAACAACCUGCUGCCUUCCGGCGACCAGUCGGUGGAGGGCAUCAGCAUCACCAUCGAGAACACGAACCGCCACCACGCGGGCGUCUACCAGUGCACGGCCAGCAACGGCGUCGGCGAGCCCGUCACCCAGGAGAUCGCUCUGCACGUCCUCUAUCCGCCUGAGAUCGAAGUGGAGCGCAGCUGGGUUCACUCCGGUGAGGGCUACGAGGCCCAGCUGGUCUGCAUCGUGCACGCAGAACCGCAAGCGGAUGUGCUGUGGUACCGCGACACCCUCCGGCUGGAUACUACGGAGCGGCGCAUCAUGGAGGUCCGUGGCAGCCGGCAUACACUCAUCCUGCGCAAGGUGCAGGCCUCCGACUUCGGCAACUACAGCUGCGUCGCCGACAACGUGCUGGGCAAGACGCGCCAGUAUCUCGAACUAUCAGGCAAGCCAAACCCGGUGACGUUCGUGAGCAAGCCGGUGAGUCGGUUUCGCGACCGCUACAACAUCUCGUGGGCAGUUAACAGCUACACGCCCAUCGAGGAGUACAAGCUGUCCUUCCGCAAGCUACCCAUCCCGGGCCCUCAGGGACAGCAGCUGCUGAUGCAGCAACAGCAACACCAGCAUCAGCAGCAACAGCACAACGGAAGGCGGCCGGCGAGGCGGGACAACGACACAUACUGGGUGGACGUCGUAUUGCCGACCAAGCCAAGCGAGCAGUUCCACCAGGAGAUGUGGUAUUUCAUCUCCAACCUGGAGCCGGGGGCGGAAUAUGAGGCUAAGGUCCGCGCCAAGAACCGAUUCGGAUGGAACCGCGAUUCCGAAAGCUUCAAGUUUACAACGAGAGGAGUCGAGAUGCCCUUGUAUGAGCCCUCACCCGAACCCGCAGUUUUCGCAGAACCUGAGGUCCGUGACAUGGGCAUCAUGGCUUACGGACCAGCGGCGGAAGCGGGCGACGUGGCCAUGUCGCCACUGAUCAUGGCGAUGUGCGUUGUCGCCAGCGCAGCACUCAGCUCCUAGAUGGAGUGCGCGCGACUGGGUGUUGCAGGUCAUCCCCGGUGACGAAGCUGGAGUCAUACCAGGACAACAAGACAUAUGAGCAAAGAGAAUUCAAACUCUUUCAGACCCAAAGACUGCUUUCUUUUGUAACGUAUCAGGAAGUCCUGUAUUACCGACAUGUAUGACGUGUAUUUAACCAUGGAAUAGCUCUAAGCGCUUUUCUGUAACGGUCCUCCCCAAGACAACAGAUUUUUUGUGUAUAAACAUGUACAAUGCACGUUAUUUUAUUGUAGCAUUGUUUACGGAAGGUAUCAUUUUUUUAGUUUAGAAAGAAAGACAAUCCGAGCACCCGUCUCAAGGCGAAGCACCACCCGUCUGCGGCUACUCCAAGAGGCCGACGGGAGCUGUGACGUCACACGGGAGAGGCGCGGGAAGCUGCGGUUCUCCCGCUGAAGUUGGUCGGAGCCUGUUUCGUGACGUGGCGUGAGGUUGCCGCACGAGUCAGUGUCGGCUUUGUGCACUAUACGGGAAGUGAGUUACCUGCCGCCUGGAUAAACUGACGGCGUGGCGUCUGUGAAAUGGCGCGAGAUCCAAAUCCAUGGGGCCAAAGUGAGUCGUUUUAAAAAGAAAAGGGGGAACUUUUGAGUAUCGUGUGGGAUUUGGAGAUACAAUAUUAAUGCCUCCGUGGCGAGGACAUCGUUUUGUAAAUCCACUGAUGUUUCGCUACAAUUUCUGAUUUUCGUACGGUGUAUGUUAAUAGACGAUGCAGUAUCAGUAACAAGUUAUCUCAUAAUGAACAAAUAUAAUGUAUUCAAUCAAUGUGCUGUUCCCAAAAUAAAUUUAAAAAAUGCUUAGUGAUGUCGUAGCCUAACUUAUCGUUUUGAUUCCAGUUGGUGUAUCUACAAGAUGUAUUAUUUUGCAGUAUAUUAUUAUCAAAAUGGACGAAUAUAAAUCGCAAAGCUACUUCAUGAAUGUGUGACAUUUAAUAUACUCCAUCAAGAUUACAAAUAAAUCCAUCCGUAGGAUUACCAGUAACGCGUUUGAACCAUAGUUCUAAAAUGUACUUUGCCCUUGCAAUGACUGUCGUUCAUUCGGUCAUCACUUUUUUAAAAAAAAAAAAAACCAAUGUACUGCCAUUGUUCUAAAUUAACAUCAUGAAUAUGGCUCAAUAAUUUCAAU